UUUCAGUUACUAGUAGUUGACAGUUGGAGUUGGGUGAAGGAGGACAAGCCCAACUGAAAAAUGCAGAACGACAAAUAUAUGGGACCAGAGCCACCAGCAUAUGGUUUCACAUCGGCUCCACCUCAAGCAUCACAGAACUACCCACCACAAAAUAAUCCGCAGUAUGGAUACCCACCUUCACAAGGAUAUCCACAGCCCGGAUAUCCACAGCAAGGAUAUCCUCCACAAAGUUUUUCACCACCGCCACAGAGCUAUGGGCAGCCGCCUCCGCAAAACUAUGGUCCACCUCCACCACAAAACUAUGGCCCACCUCCUACCACUACCAUUAUUGUGCAACCUAAUGGUUGGUAUAGCCGCAACCAGAGGAACAAACCGCAAUCAAACGCUGCGGGUGCGGCUGCACUCAUUUUUCUCACGGGUGGCAUGAACAUUGCUUGGAGCAUGGGAUUCCGAGAUAUUUAUCUUCUGUCACUUAAUCUGCAUACGUGUGUUGCUUGGUUUAUUGGUGGUAUAAUCGGAGCAUUGUUAAGCUGCUUUCUAGCCAACAAAUUGCCAAAGAAAAUUGUUCUGUGUUUCUGUUCAUUACUGGUCAUAAUCGGUGGAAUUGUACUUUCUACCACACGUUUAAACAUCCAAGCCAUUGAGGCUAGUCUCUAUCUCAAUGGCAUUGCCAAUGGAUUGGCUUUUGCGCCUACAAUGGCACUUGUCGGGGAGGUGGCAGUGUCUUAUAUGCGCGGUCCAAUUGCCGCGUCCAUUGAGCAAUUCAGCGUCAUAACCGGUGUAUUUGUGCAAAUUAUAUAUUUGACAGCUUGGACCACAAAUGACUACUAUAAUGACUUUACUACCCAGCAAAUGCAAGGCACUCUCUCUGCCAUCUGUGGACUGAUUGCGCUGAUCAUUGCUGCCCUGCUGUGCAUUGAGUCGCCAGUGAUAAUGCUAGCCAAUGGAGAGGAGCAAAAGGCCAUCGAUGCACUGCGACGUCUACAACGCCCCGCCACGGUGACCAAUGAGACAUUUGCUCAGCUUGAUGAGCAUAAGCGUUAUCUGGCCCAGAAUAAGGAAAUGUCGACGGCCCAAAGCAUUAUCCAGGCAUUUCCUGCCUUUGUUCGGCUCUGCUACCUGCGCGCUCUCAAUGCCAUGAGCCUUUCUGCCUUGGUCUUCUACGCGAUGUUUCUGACCCUUUCAUACAGCAAUAUUUUUGGCUACACCUAUAUAUGGCAGUACAUUGUUUUUGGAAUUAGUCGCUGGCUGGGAACCGCUAUCUCUAGUUUUUGCAUGGAGUCAGCUGGACGCAAAAAAACAAUACUACUGGGCCUUGUGGUCAGCGGUGGCAUUGCCUUUGGAAUUGCCAAUUUAAUUUCGUAUUACCCCCGCAUGAGUACUGAUACUUUAUUUAGUUUGCUGUGCGUUUAUCAGCUUUUUGCAGGCAUUGCUUUCACAAGCACCUCUGCCUACAUGUCUGAGGCAUAUCCCCUAGGCGUAAAGCAACACUUUAUUGGAUCUACCUACAUUCUCGAAAUGCUGGUCUUCAUAAUUAUAGGAUGCGUGGACUAUAGUCUAGGAGGACAUAAGAUAUUCUUUUACUCUGUCGGUGGACUAUCCAUAUUUGGGUUCUUGAUGGGCAUAUUCUGCUUGCCAGAGACCCGACGAACCACUCUACGAGAAUCACAGGACAAAUUUAAGGGUUUCCUGAACAGAGGCUUUUAAUUAAGUAAAUCAGCUUCUUUGUGAAAUAUAAAUGAUCAAUGAAUUCACAAUAAAUGCCUCAUAAAAAUUCGAA